AGGAAGCCGCGUUCGCAAUUACGGCUACUAGAGCGUCCACGUAACCGUUGGCGGCGCAGGCGCGGUGGGGGCAGCCGGGCGGGCGGGCGCUUCGCGGUUUGAAUGGCUCCGGGCCGAAGUCGCCCGCUCGCCUAAAAAGCGGCCACCGCGGAGCUGAGCGCGAUGCCAGCAGGGGCCGACCAGCCACCUCUGCCGUCGGGGGCCUCCGAGGAGGAGGAGGAGGACGGUGCGGAAGAGGAAGUACCGGCGGAGGACUGCGGGGAGGAAGCUGGGGGAGAGCUCGGUGGGCCUGUCGGGCAGACGCCGGCGCCUCAGACGCGGCAGCGGUUUGACGAGCUCUGCGGCCGCCUUAACAUGGACGAGGAGGCACGGGCCGAGGCCUGGGAGAGCUACCGGAAUAUGAGCCAAAGCUACACGCUGGAGGGAAAUGAUCUACAUUGGUUAGCAUGUGCCUUAUAUGUGGCUUGCAGAAAAUCGGUUCCUACUGUAAGCAAAGGGACAGUUGAAGGGAACUAUGUCUCCUUAACCAGAAUCCUGCGAUGUUCAGAACAGAGUUUAAUUGAAUUUUUUAACAAGAUGAAGAAGUGGGAAGACAUGGCAAAUCUACCUUCACGAUUUAGGGAACGUACUGAAAGACUAGAGAGAAAUUUCACAGUGUCUGCUGUAAUUUUUAAGAAGUAUGAACCCAUCUUUCAGGACAUUUUUCGAUAUUCUCAAGAGGAGCCACCUCGUCAACAGAGAGGAAGAAAAUACCGGCGGCAACCAUGUACAGUCUCAGAAGUUUUCCAGUUUUGUUGGGUACUCUUUGUUUAUGCAAAAGGUAAUUUUCCCAUGAUCAGUGAUGAUUUGGUCAAUUCUUAUCACCUUUUGCUGUGUGCUUUGGAUCUAGUAUAUGGAAAUGCCCUUCAGUGUUCUAAUCGUAAAGAACUUCUAAAUCCUAAUUUUAAAGGCCUGCCUGAAGAUUUCCAUAGUAAAGAUUCCAAGCCUUCUUCUGACCCACCCUGUGUCAUUGAGCCACUUUGUGCCCUCCAUGAUGGUCUAGUUUUAGAGGCAAAGGGAAUAAAAGAACAUUUCUGGAAACCUUACAUUAGAAAGCUUUUUGAAAAGAAGCUUUUGAAAGGAAGAGAAGAAAACCUUACUGGAUUUCUGGAUCCAGGGAACUUUGGAGAUAGCAUCAAAGCCAUCAACAAGGCCUAUGAAGAGUAUGUUUUAUCUGUAGGAAAUUUAGAUGAGCGAAUUUUUCUUGGGGAGGAUGCAGAGGAGGAAAUUGGGACGCUCACAAGGUGUCUGAACACUGGCUCUGGUCUAGAGACAGCUGAAAGGGUACAGGUGAAGUACAGCCUGCAGCAGCACUUUGACAAGUCUAAAGCAUUUAGAAUUUCAACUCCACUUACUGGCCGCAGAUACAUUAAAGAGAACAACCCCUAUGUGACCCCUGUUUCCAUAGCUACUCACAGCUUGAGUCGUCUUCACACCAUGUUGGCAGGCCUCAAAAAUUCACCAAGUGAGAAAUUAGAACAAGUCCUAAGGGCAUGUACCAGAGAUCCAACACAAUCUAUUGCUAAUAGAUUGAAAGAAAUGUAUGAAAUAUAUUGUCAGCACUCCCAGGCAGAUGGUGAUUUUAACAGUUGUGCUAAAGAAAUUGCCAGCAAACAUUUUCGCUAUGCAGAAAUACUUUACUAUAAAGUAUUGGAAUCAGUUAUUGAUCAGGAACAGAAAAGACUGGGAGACAUUGAUUUAUCUGGCAUACUGGAACAAGAUGCUUUCCACAGAUCGCUCUUAGCCUGUUGUCUUGAGGUCAUCACUUUCUCUUACAAGCCUCCUGGGAAUUUCCCUUUUAUUGCAGAAAUCUUUGAUGUACCACUUUAUCAUUUUUAUAAGGUAAUAGAGGUAUUCAUUAGAGCAGAAGAUGGCCUCUGUAGGGAAGUGGUGAAGCAUCUCAAUCAUAUCGAAGAACAGAUCCUUGACCACAUGGCCUGGAAACCAGAGUCUCCACUUUGGGACAGAAUUAGAGAUAAUGAAAACAAAGUUCCUACCUGUGAAGAGGUUAUGCCACCUCAGAACCUGGAACGGGCAGACGGAAUUAGUGUGACUGGCUCCCCUUUGACCCCAAGAAGGGUUAAUGAAGUUCGUGCUGAAAGUGGAGGAUUGGGAAGAAGCCUGACAACAUCUCCUACCACAUUAUAUGACAGAUACAGUUCCCCAACAACCAGCACUACCCGGAGGAGGCUUUUUGUGGAGAAUGAUGGUCCUCCAGACAGUGGUGUACCUGUGCGGGUUUCCCCACAGUCCCUUGUCAAUCCAGUGCCACUGCAAAAUGUGACAGCGGAAUCUGUGUCUGUAACUCCAGUUCCUGGACAGACAUUGGUCACCAUGGCAACUGCCACUGUAACAGCCAACAAUGGGCAAACAGUGACAAUUCCAGUACAAGGUAUUGCCAACGAAAAUGGAGGGAUCACAUUCUUCCCAGUCCAGGUCAACGUUGGCAGUCAGACUCAAGCUAUGACUGGCUCCAUCCAGCCCCUCAGUGCCCAAGCCCUGACUGGGAACUUGAGCUCACAGCAGGUGACAGGAACGGCCUUGCAAGUUCCAGGUCAGAUAACCAAUCAACAGAUUUCCUCCACUGGACAACCACAGAGACAGAACCAACCUUUAACUAGCAUCAGACCGAGGAAAACAAGCUCCUUAUCACUCUUCUUUCGAAAGGUUUACCAUUUAGCAAGUGUUCGGCUUCGCGACCUCUGUGCCAAGCUAGAUAUUUCUGAUGAGUUAAGGAAAAAAAUAUGGACCUGUUUUGAAUUCUCUGUGGUUCAGUGUCCUGAGCUUAUGAUGGAUAGACAUCUUGACCAGCUAUUGAUGUGUGCUAUUUAUGUGAUGGCAAAGGUGACAAAAGAAGACAAAUCCUUCCAGAACAUAAUGCGUUGCUAUAGGACACAGCCACAGGCCCGGAGCCAGGUAUAUAGGAGUGUCUUAAUAAAGAGGAGGAGGAGAAGAAAUUCUGGUAGCAGUGAUAGUAGAAGCCACCAGAAUUCCCCUACGGAGGUGAACAAAGAAAGAACAAGCAGAGAUUCCAGCCCAGUCAUGAGGUCUAGUAGUACUUUGCCAGUUCCACAGCCCAAUAGUGCCCCACCAACUCCUACUCGUCUCACUGGUGCCAAUAGUGACAUUGAAGAGGAAGAGAGGGGAGAUCUCAUCCAGUUUUACAACAACAUCUAUGUAGAGCAAAUUCAGACAUUUGCCCGGAAAUAUUCUCAGGCAAACACAACUGAUGUUCCUCCACUUUCCCCUUACCCAUUUGUAAGAACAGGCUCCCCUCGACGAAUACAGUUAUCCCAGAAUCACCCUGUCUACAUUUCCCCCCAUAAGAAUGAAAUGAUGCUUUCUCCCCGGGAAAAGAUUUUCUACUAUUUCAGCAGUAGCCCUUCAAAGAGGCUGAAAGAGAUCAAUAGUAUGAUAAGAACUGGGGAAACACCAACCAAGAAGAGAGGCAUUCUUUUAGAAGAUGGAAGUGAAUCACCAGCUAAAAGGAUUUGCCCAGAAAAUCAUACUGCCUUACUACGCCGCCUACAAGAUGUAGCUAAUGACAGAGGGACCCAUUAAGGUUAGUCCCUUGUAUUGAUGAUGUAUUUUCAAAAACUACUGCAGCAGCAGCAGCAUUUAAGAUAUGCCAAAGUAUGGGGCUCUCUCCCUUAACCUAGUCCAGCCAAACCAAGUGAGAGAGAUUCUUAUCCCAGCAGACUGUAUAUCUCUCACACCUUGCUUAUAAAGUAUGUGCUCAGUCCAGCUGCCAUACCCAAGAAGCUUUCUAAUGUAUUUCCUCAAGUCUGCACAGCCACAGUCCCUAGAGAAAGGCUGCUUUGCUUCCUUAUUUUGAUUCUUUAGAAGAGAUUUUCAGGGAAGCUUUUAUGUAAACUUGUUCCUAUCUACAGCUUAUUCUUCUUAGGAGUAUUUUUAAUUAGUAUAUUUUAAUAAGUAGCUACUGCAUCAGGGAAGCUACAAUUUCAAACUCAUUCCUCCUUAUUCUGCCUCCCUCCAAAUAUGUACAUAGUUGAAAGUUUUAGGGUAAACUGUUGCAUGAAUAUAGGAUUUAUGCGACCCUAAGGGGAAAUUGACAGAAAGGAAAAAAAUACCAUUGGUAAACUAUCAAGGAUUACUUAAAGUAGUAUGUCUCCUAUUCCCUUAAGAACUCUAUGUGGUGGGCUUUUAAAAAUUCUUGGGCACUUUGCAGUGUGGACAGUGAUUAUUUUAUGUAUCUGUGCAAUGUGUGAAAGUGAAUUUGUAUAAGAUGUGGCACUUUAGGGCUGUAAAAAGCAUGAUUUUAUAACCCAGAUGAGUUAUUUUUUUGCUGUAUACUUGCAAUAGCACUUUCUACAAUGUGAACAUUAAGUACAGGACUUUCUCCAGGAUAAACAUUAAAAAUUCUUUUUAAUCUGACCUUUUGUAUUUAUUUAAAAAAAAAACAAAAAACAAGCAGUGUUUUUAAACUGUUAAGUUUGACAGUUGUGGGCGCUUGAAUUCCUUUAGCUUUUUUUAGGUAGGGGAGAGAACUUUGCUUGAUCUCAGAAAUUAGUUUAAAAUGUCCAAAAUCAAGUCGAGCUAUGAGGUUAAUUAGAAAAAUUAUGAUCUCUUGCCUUUGGAGGUAGCUAUCCCCCCCCAAAACAUGCAGCUGUUGAUUUGAAAUUUCUAAAUAGCUUCGGAUAUGCUGCCGCUAUACCUGAUAUCGUCAGGUGAAAAAAACUGGAUCGAGUUCAGAAUUUAGAUUUUCACUAGUUCAAACUUUUAGCGCUUACACAAAUUAAGGAAUAUUAAAUGCUAACAGCAGUUGAAUGAUAUACCUUUAUUAAUCAUUCCUGUUCAGUUUCAAAGUUUAUGAAUAAUCUAUUAUUAGGAAGAUAUAAUUCAGUUGUAAAUUGAAUUAGUAUAAAACAAGUUACUGGGUAACUUCAUACUGGUCUGAAAUAUGGAACUUAAACACUGUUCAAAUGGAAUAGUGUCUGUGAAAAUAUUUAUAAAAUUGUCAAGAUGCUACUGUAAUUUUGUAUGAAAAUAUUACAAGUGUAUUUUUCAAUAAAAGCAUUUAUAAAUUGA